AUGGUUGGUUUUAUUGCAAAAUUGAAAGCAAAACGACAGGCAAAGAAGGAACUUCGUGAGAAAAAGAAAGCUCAAAAGACGGCUCUAAAGGGAGAUAAGAAGGCCAAUCAUUCACAUUUGACUAUGGAAGAGCAAGAGAAGAACAGAAGUAAAGGAAAAGAUGCUGUAAAGGACUCCAUCAAAUCCCAUGACAAAGACUUUCAACAGUCGUCAGUCAUUACUCGGCCUACUGCGAAGGAGGAGAGUAAACUCAAAAAGGAGGAAGAGAAAAAGAAAGAUCUUCACGAAUACGGCAGUUCGGAAAGUGAAUCUGAAGAGGAGUCAUCUUCAGAAGUGCAUCCGUAUAGAGAAGCAUCUGUGGAGAGUUCAGAUUCAGAUUCUGAUGAGAGCUCAGAUGAGGAGUCUUCGGAUGAGGAGUCUUCGGACGAGGAUUCUUCAGACGAGGAUUCUUCAGACGAGGAUUCCUCCGAAGGAACAUCGAGCUCGGAUGACUCAGAGGAAGAUUCCUCUGAGAGUGAUACGGAUGAUUCGACAGAUUCAUCAACAGAGUCUGUUGAGGAAGUGAAACCAAAAUCAAAACCGAUAUCAAAAUCCACAUUAAAAUCAAGCCACCGAUGA